UCCUGUUUCAGCUGCAGGAACUCAUUAUACAAUGACAAAUGGAGGCAGUAUUAACAGUACAACACAUUUACUGGAUCUCCUCGAUGAGCCAAUUCCUGGAGUUGGAACUUACGAUGAUUUCCACACAAUUGAUUGGGUGCGAGAGAAGUGCAAAGACAGAGAGAGACACAGAAGGAUCAAUAGCAAGAAAAAAGAAUCGGCAUGGGAAAUGACAGAGAGUUUGUAUGAUGCGUGGUCAGGAUGGCUGGUUGUGACACUAACUGGAUUGGCAUCAGGUGCUUUGGCUGGAUUGAUAGAUAUUGCUGCAGAUUGGAUGACUGAUUUAAAGGAAGGCAUUUGUCUCAGUGCCCUGUGGUUCAAUCAUGAACAGUGUUGCUGGGCAUCUAACGAAACAACAUUUGAAGAGAGAGACAAAUGCCCAUUAUGGAAAACAUGGGCAGAAUUAAUAAUUGGUCAAGCAGAGGGACCAGGUUCCUAUAUAAUGAACUACAUAAUGUACAUUUUCUGGGCUUUGAGCUUUGCUUUCUUAGCAGUUUCUUUGGUGAAGGUGUUUGCACCUUAUGCUUGUGGAUCAGGUAUUCCAGAGAUCAAAACCAUAUUGAGUGGCUUUAUCAUUAGAGGGUAUCUGGGCAAGUGGACAUUAAUGAUAAAAACAGUUACUUUAGUCUUGGCUGUAGCCUCAGGUUUGAGUUUAGGAAAAGAAGGCCCUCUUGUACAUGUUGCCUGUUGCUGGGGAAACAUAUUUUCCUACCUCUUUCCGAAGUACAGCACAAACGAAGCAAAGAAAAGGGAGGUAUUAUCUGCUGCUUCAGCAGCUGGCGUAUCAGUAGCGUUUGGUGCCCCAAUUGGAGGAGUCCUUUUCAGCCUAGAAGAAGUCAGUUAUUACUUUCCUUUGAAGACCUUGUGGAGAUCAUUUUUUGCUGCUUUGGUGGCUGCAUUUGUUUUGAGAUCCAUCAAUCCUUUUGGAAAUAGUCGCCUGGUUCUUUUCUAUGUCGAGUACCACACUCCAUGGUAUCUAUUUGAACUAUUGCCGUUCAUUCUUCUGGGUGUGUUUGGUGGACUGUGGGGAGCAUUUUUCAUCCGUGCCAACAUUGCUUGGUGCCGUCGACGCAAAUCAACCAAAUUUGGAAAGUAUCCAGUUCUUGAGGUUAUUAUUGUGGCAGCAAUAACAGCUGUCAUUGCUUUUCCAAACCCCUAUACCAGAGUCAACACCAGUGAGCUAAUUAAAGAACUUUUCACAGACUGUGGUCCUUUGGAGUCAUCUUCCCUUUGUGAUUACCGAAAUGACAUGAAUGCCAGUAAAAUAGUAGAUGACAUUCCUGACCGUCCAGCAGGCACCGGAGUGUAUUCAGCAAUAUGGCAGCUGUGCUUAGCUCUUAUAUUUAAGAUUAUAAUGACAGUCUUCACUUUUGGUAUCAAGGUUCCAUCAGGCUUGUUCAUACCAAGUAUGGCCAUUGGAGCAAUAGCUGGGAGAAUUGUUGGAAUUGCAGUGGAACAAUUGGCUUAUUAUCAUCAUGACUGGUUUAUCUUCAAGCAGUGGUGUGAAGUUGGAGCAGAUUGUAUAACUCCAGGCCUCUAUGCUAUGGUUGGUGCUGCUGCAUGCUUAGGUGGAGUGACAAGGAUGACUGUAUCUCUGGUAGUUAUUGUGUUUGAGUUAACAGGGGGACUAGAGUAUAUUGUACCCCUUAUGGCUGCAGUAAUGACGAGCAAAUGGGUUGGAGAUGCUUUUGGCAGAGAGGGCAUCUAUGAAGCACACAUACGUCUGAAUGGAUAUCCUUUCUUGGAUGCUAAGGAAGAAUUUACUCAUACAACCCUGGCUGCUGAUGUCAUGAGACCUCGAAGAAAUGACGCCCCAUUGGCAGUAUUAACACAGGAUAAUAUGACUGUGGAUGAUAUUGAAAAUUUGAUCAAUGAAACCAGCUAUAAUGGUUUUCCUGUAAUAAUGUCAAAAGAAUCCCAAAGACUAGUAGGAUUUGCCCUAAGGAGAGAUUUGACUAUUGCAAUAGAAAGUGCCAGAAAGAAACAAGAAGGCAUCGUUGGCAGUUCCAGAGUCUGUUUUGCCCAGCAUACCUUAUCACUUUCAGCAGAAAGUCCUCGGCCUUUGAAGCUUAGGAGCAUUCUUGAUAUGAGCCCUUUUACAGUUACGGAUCACACACCAAUGGAGAUUGUGGUGGACAUAUUCCGCAAACUGGGCCUAAGGCAGUGUCUUGUAACACACAAUGGGAUUGUCUUGGGGAUCAUCACAAAGAAGAACAUAUUAGAGCAUCUCGAGCAACUAAAGCAGCACGUCGAACCCUUGGCGCCUCCUUGGCAUCAUAACAAAAAAAGAUAUCCUCCGACAUAUGGCCCAGAUGGCAAAUCAAGACCCCGCAUCAAUAAUGUUCAACUGAACUCAAUAACUGAGGAGAGAGAGGAAAGUGAAGAAGAGGUUCAUUUGCUGAACAGUACAACACUUUAAUAUAAGGCAUAGUUUUGUAACACAAAAGAAAGGCUGGAUUUUUUGAAAAGUAUACUGCUGGAAUUUAGGAGUUGAUUUAGGAAAAGGUGGUUUUACAAUGGAUAUGACAGAUUUUAUUAGAUGGUGACAACGAAAAUCUGAAAACCUGCACUGGAUGCACUCUGAAUUGUUAGAUCUGUCAUGAUAGUGCAGUCGGAAGUUGUAUCAGCAGUUCAUAACUCCAGUUUGGACCUUGCUGCUGUAGCAUGGAAGAAAUUGAUGGUUGGUCCCUGUUUCUCAAUCGUACUGAGUUGAGCCAUCCUUGGAAAACUGGAAGAUUUGGCCCUUUUUACCAGAGACAGUUGUUAAUUGAUGAAAUGUAUAGUUAUUCCACGUUACCUCUUUACAUUCCAGAAGAGCUUUUCUCUCUCCUGAGCCCCAACUGAGCCUCCUUACGAUUGAUGCGUCUUUUUGAAAUGGUGGUUUCUCAUAUUGAGAUGUACUGUGACCUGCUGAAUUUGAUCACAAGAAGGAAGUAUUUCUUGUGCCAUUUAAAUUUAAGAGUUUGUAUGUCAUGAAAGUCUUGUGACAGUUUAGAUCUACUGCAACAAAAGCAGAUUGAGCAGGUUAAUAAACUUGGGUGAAGCAUGUUAAACCCUGCAGUUUAGUAGUUGCAAGUUAAACAGCCAAAUCUGUUUCAAGUAUGUUUCUGUUGCAAAAUAAUGACUUAGGCUUAUGCAAUUUUUGUACUAUUAAAAACCCUAAGUUAUAUACCAAUGUUGUGCAAUGUAAAGAAAAUACUACUACUCUACUAAGAACUGGAACAAUUCUGUUUGUGUACCUGAUAGCAACUGCAUGUUCAAACACUGGAGAAUAUUCCCCCUAAAUUAAGGUCUUUUUGUUCUUCAUUCCUAUACCAAAUAAAGGCAGAAAAAUGUGCACUAAAUAUACAUACCAUAGUUUUUGUUUUUACAGAUUAGAAUAUAUUAAAUAUAAAUGAGUUAAUAGUCACACUAUUGAUUUUACUUUAAUAAUGUGAUUUUUAUAGAAUAAUUCAAAUCCUCCAUAAACAAUUUGGCAAAAGUUUCUAAUGAAAAUAUUUUUAUAUUUCUUUGUAACCCAUCCUGAUACUAGAUUGCCAUAAUUUUAAAUUUAUUAUUUGUUGUUAAUUAAGGGGCUAGAGUAUUAAUAGACCCUUAUUUGUAAAUAUUACCAAAUUUAAAACUUUUCAUUUUUAGGAACUUUGAAGUGGUACCAGUUGAUUUGAAAUACAAUCGAGUUACUUGAAAAAUUCUGUAAUACAUAAAUACAAGCCAAGAACUGACAUGACAACUGGAUUUUACUAUCCCUAAUUAAAAAUGUCUGCAUUUUGAAUAUUCAUUUAUUAGAGAGAAGUAUUGCAAGUACUUGAUAUGAGGUUUGAUUUACCUAAUAAAACUGAUAUGCUAUAUAAAGUUCAGGAGUGAUUGGCAGUUGAACAUUCUAAGAUCACACCAUCUUGUUGGCUAUUUGAAUAUUACUGAAAACAUUAAUUAGCUGUAAAAUUAUGGUUGUAUGAUAAGGUCUGUUUGCACAGUAUGACUUCUGUCUUUUGUUUGUCCCUCCUACCUCUAUUGAUAAGCUUGUUUUGAAAUGCUGGAAUUUCAAAACUAUUAGCAAAACUGCACAGGAAGUCACUUUAAGGAGGCAAACAAAAUCAGAUGCUCUAUUCUGUGCAUGCAAGACCUUGUAACAAGAGGUUAUUUUUGUUGCCAAAGUAAAAUAUAGUCUGUAUUUUUUCCUGUAAAACAUAUGAUCCAAAGAUACUGAUCCAAGUCUUUGAGAAAAAAAAAAUAUUCCAAAGGAAUACCACAAUAAAAGUUAUGAGUCAGUACUGCAGACUAACUGGUCCAGAUAAUCUUAGGAGAUGGUUUUUCAGAACCCUUGAGAAUGUUUCUCUGCAGUUACUAAUUGUUCAUUGUGAUUAGGUACUUCAACACCACUUCAGAAAAAUUAUACUUUUGGGGUUAAACAAUUACUCCUCUUUUGGCACCUGUACACCUCUUACUGUAUAAAUCACUGUUAACAGCAUUUAGCUUAUGUAUAAACACAUUUUAGGAAUCCUGGGAUGCUUCCAUUAAAACUAAACAUGAUGGAAUCCUUCUGUUCUUUACACUAAUCAUGCAGAUCUAAAAUGAUUUUUCCUGCAGCGUGUUUUUAAAACUUUUAAGUUUCAAACUGCCCUCUAUACACUUGGUUUGCCAUUAGGCUCUUUACCAAAGUUGCCUAUUAUAUUAAUUCACAAUGCCCUUUGCAACAUGAAGUGAUGCCAACCCAUAUCCUGGAUGUAUUUUAAUUUAGUAAUUCAUACCUAUAGUAUGAUCUAAUGCAGUGUUUGAUGUUCUUACCCAGAUAACUUCUUACAAGCACAUAAAAUGUGCCUCUGCUCAUGAUGUGUUAGAGAUUCUGAAAUUAGUGUGCCUGAGUAUUCAACAGAAACUAUUUAUUAGUAAUAAUGUAACUAAUUACAGAGCCUUAUUCAAGUUGGAACAGAAUGGGAUGUCUGGGGAUGUCUACAUUUUUUUCUCUAUUGAACAGUUCAGUUGCUGAUUAUGAAAAUUGCAUCUGUAAUAUUUUGAGAGCUGUAUUAACCAUUGAUCUUAGUGUUUUUAUUUAUACUUGUGUGAUAGAAUUGCAUUUCAUUACAGUAAAAUAAAGUUCUGUUACUGUGAUGAUUUCAUUAGAAAACCUAUUAAACAUUUCUGUAUGACUGUUUA